AUGGAAAUGGCUCAAGAUAUUAUGAGUCAGUUUUAUACAUGUCUAAAUCUACCAUUGCCUGAAAGAAUUUUAGAACUUACAAGGAUUAUUGAUCAAAGCAGCCCUAAUAAGGAAUUGCAAGUCCUGUUCCCACAGCUGAUCAGUAAUAUAUUCUCACCAUCUCUUCACAAUGGUUGGAGUUUACGUCAAAUUACAAUUGAGGGCAACAGAUAUGAAUAUGAAGUACUACUUAGUUUUCUGGAGCCACAGGGACCAAUUUUCCGUUUGUGCUAUAAACUUUUAUCGGAUUCCCAUUUGAAGUACAAUUUGCCAUUGAAUCUUUUACCAUUAGAUUUGCAAAUGACGUUGGAUAGGGGCAGGUGUCCCCAGUUUUAUGCAGACAUGCUCACAAUGGAUUCACAAUCACUAAAUGUUGUGUCACUAGCUUUGAAUCCCUUUGAUUAUUAUAUUGUUAAUUUUGCUCUGUACUUGAUUAACAAUAACCAAAACAAAAGCUCAUGGGAGAAUUGGAACAGUGUCUAUUUUGCUCUUGCUUGUGAUUAUCUAAUGCACUUCUUGCCUUCUGAUCCUAAUGUGGCCGUCCUGCCACAUAUACCACAUUACACUGGGAAAGUUCCUAUUGCUGCACCACUACAGACUGCCAACAGGCCACUCUGUUCACCGUCUUUGUUAUUGAUACCCGAUUUAUCUGGUAUCAGUAACCAACAUGCCUCACAAAGCCAGUCACGGAAUGAAGUGUGGAGGUCUGAAACUGUUUUACAAAUCUUUAUUGAUUUAUGGAUGAGUGUUGAACAAUUUGGAAAUGGAAGCAUUGAGAUGUAUCAAAGAAAUUAUACAGUGGCAACAUCAAGUGCGGAGAGAGUUAGAAUAGUUAGAGUUCUAGUUAAACAUAUUCAUUCAUUUUCUGCAAAAUAUCACACUGAUUUGGCAGUAAGGUCGUCAGCUUUACGCAAGUAUGCCAGACAAAUCAUGUGUUCCCGGGCAUAUCAUUAUGUAAAACAUUUAGUUAUGACCUGGCCUUUAGAUGCGUCUUUUAGAUUAGUCAUGGAAUUAUGGCUCAGUCUCAUACAGCCAUGGCGGUACACUGACAAUUCUAUCACCCAAGAUAGGUUUCCCAGCACACAGAGAAAUCAAGAGGAAGGCAAUACUGGUUCUUUAGAUCCCAGUUUCACACAAUUCAUAGCAGAGAAUUUUCCUUCUUAUACUUGCAUAUUUCAAUUAGUUCUCCCAAGGUUUACAAGAUUAGAUCUUUCGGCCUAUAAAAAUGCUGUGAUGUUAUUUAGGCUUGGCAAAGUAUUUUCACAACCACAUUUAGUACCAAUAUUGUCCAAUUUAGAAAAGGCUGUAACAGAAAAUACAUCAGGUUGGCAAAGUCCCGACACUAGUUAUAACAGUUCCAAUGUUGAGCAGAGUUAUUCCUAUAAUGGAGUAGCGUUACACAAAUGGGUUGCAAUUGCAAAACAGGCUAUUUCUGAAUUAAAUGCCCCCACAUUUGAGUAUGAACCCAUCUGGAGUGAAAACAGGAAACCUGAAAUGCUCGAGUUUGUAAAAAGAAUUCUUUCGUCAAAACACAUUGCUGACAAAAAUUUGGAAAACUAUAUUGAAAAAUUGAAUGAAAAUAAUAAAGGCCUAUGGAAUUCUAUUAAACAAUUUUUGAUGAUGGGCAACACUGAAGAAGAGACUACACUGUUGGAGGAAUAUAAAAAAGUUCCUCAUUAUUUAACCAAUUGCAUUAACUAUUUCACAAAUAUUUUCGGGUUAAAUGAAAAUUUAUUAUUACCACUGGAAACAGAAAUAUUGGAUUCAUCGGAUCACUCUUCAUUUGCUAAUUCGAACAACUUUACUCUUUCCAUAGCUAGAAAGCUAAGAAACAAACCAACUAAAAUUCAGUAUAUGGGAGAUCCAGAUUUGAUGCCAAUAAUGUCUUAUGAGAAUACAAUUCUAGUAAGGAUAUUUUAUCAAAUAUCGUCAAGGCUUAAUGAAAUUUAUGGUGAAGAAUUUUCACGGUUAUGGAGAAAGAAUGAUUUCUGGGGUUACAUAUCAAGAGAGAUACUCCAAGAGCCGACAACUAUACACACAUAUGUUAAGGAUGCUACAUACCAUCAAAGUGUUAUAAACAGAGAGCUGCCAGCACGACUAUCGUUAAGGAGACUUGGCUCUCAUGUGUUCGUUGUAUGGAUCAGUCUUGGCUAUAUAAUGUUCAAAAUGUUUUCAUACAGUGGCAUAUUUUAUAUAUUUUUCAUUAUUACAAUGUGGGUUACGUAUGUAUUAUCUAAAGCCUCUUUGAAAAUGUUAAGGAGGUACUGA